AUGCGCCUCUCUAGACUUAUCGAUCUCCGCCGCCCCACGUCCGCACCGCUUGAGCCCGAGGACAUCUUCGGCUCCUCUCUCGGCCUAUUCAAUGACCUGCAGAACCAGCAUGGCGAGGACCCCGAUACGGUGAUACUUUAUAAGAACGCACGGCACGGCCAGCUCGAGUUCAGGACAGCCGAUGUAAAUGGCGAGGAGGAGCGACGAAAAUUUGCCCAUUACCUCUGGAAUGCAGGCCUCUUGAUGGGUGAAUUGGUCGGAGGGCGGGCAACAUCAUCGGGGAGCAGACUUUUAGACCUGGCUGAAGAGGAUAAGUGGAGGGACGGAGAGUGGUGGCUGAAUGAAGAAGAGGAGAAGCGAUGGAAUGUUGAAGGCGAGAUAGUACUGGAGUUGGGGGCAGGCGUAGGACUUGGUGGCAUCGCGAGCACUUUGGCAGGCGCAAAGGAGGCACUGAGUUGUCACACAAACCUCGCGAUUCCAACUAACAAUACGUCCAGGUGA